AUUAAUAGUACCCAUCUGUAGAACUUUCUUGUAUGGUGAGUUCGGGAGAUCUAGAGAGAGAGAGAGAGAGAGAGAUGAGGGUUCCUUGCUGUGAGCACAUGGGACAGAAGAAGGGGCCAUGGACACCUGAGGAAGAUGAGAUACUGAUUUCCUAUAUCCGCAGAUAUGGUCAUGAAAAUUGGCGGGCACUGCCCAAACAAGCUGGUCUGCUUAGGUGUGGCAAGAGUUGCAGACUGCGAUGGACGAAUUACUUGAGGCCUGAUAUUAAGCGAGGAAACUUCAGCAGGGAAGAAGAAGAAAGCAUUAUAAAGCUGCAUCAAAUCCUCGGAAACAGAUGGUCUGCCAUUGCAACAAGAUUGCCAGGACGAACAGAUAACGAGAUAAAGAAUUUCUGGCAUACUCACUUGAAGAAGAAACUACUGCAACAAAUUCGACCCGACACAGAUACUACCAUAACCGCAUACACAAGAUCAAGAACUGUGAUCAACUUCUCUAGUCCUCAAGAUUCAGCCCAUGCACCAAUUUUUGCACCAAAACUUGUCGAGGAUUCAUCAGCUGGUGCAUCGGACACUCCUGUGGUAAAAAUUGAGCAACCUCUCAAAGACGAUCACAUGAUUUCGUUUCAAAAUGCUCAGGAAAUACAUCAGAAGCUCGUCGCAAGAAGCAACUUCUUUACGCCUGGCAAAUUUAUGGGUACUGUUUUAGAUCCAAGACUUAGGUUGCCUUCAUUUCCAAAGUCUACAACUAGUCCAUGCAGGGAAGAUGGAAAUUUCGGUACUAACGAAGACAUGGAAUUCUGGUACGAUCUCUUCAUCAAAGCAGGAGAUCAGUCUCAGAAUAAUCUUGAAAAUUAGUAGUAAUUUGAAUUACUCCAUAUAUAAAUAAACAUUUUUCUAUUUUAAUUUUUUGAUAGGUUAGAUUUCGAAGGUCAGGUUGUCAAAGAGCUAGAGGUGUCGUGUAGUUUUGACUUGGUAUGCUCUCAAGUGUGGAGGAUCGAUAUAUUUGUAUGGCAAAGAGCAAAGCUUUAUAUAUGUAGAAAAAAUGGAAAAGAAUGAGGAAUAAAUUGGUAAAUGAAAUAAAAAGAAGGUUGUGCUUUUUUUGGUGUUAAAAAAAAUGUUGUGUUUCAAAUUUGGUGGCAUUUUGUUUGUUUUGUUAGUUGUAAUUAA